AUGGCCACCCCCCAGGUGAUCUCGAAUUCGGGGCACGAAGAGAUGAUUCACGAUGCUGGUUUGGACUACUACGGCCGCCGGUUGGCGACAUGUUCGUCCGACAAAACGAUAAAGAUCUUCGACAUUGAGGGAGAAUCACACCGCCUGGUCGAGACGCUGAAAGGCCACGAAGGUGCUGUGUGGUGCGUCGCAUGGGCUCACCCGAAAUACGGCACAAUUUUGGCCUCAUCUUCUUAUGAUGGAAAGGUCUUGAUCUGGCGGGAGCAGCCCCAGACCGCAACCUCGCCCUCCGCUGGUAGCACAUGGAGCAAGGUCUUCGAUUUCUCCCUUCACACGGCCUCUGUGAACAUGGUCUCCUGGGCUCCCCAUGAAAGCGGAUGUCUGCUUGCCUGCGCUUCUUCCGAUGGUCAUGUCAGCGUGUUGGAGUUCCGCGACAACAACUGGACCCACCAGACUUUCCACGCCCACGGGAUGGGUGUCAACUCCGUCAGCUGGGCUCCCGCCGCCUUUGCUGGUAGCCUUAUUAGCUCCAACCCUGGGCCCGGUCAACAGCGCCGGUUCGUCACCGGUGGUAGCGACAACCUGGUCAAGAUCUGGGAUUAUAACGCGGAGACCAAAUCAUACAACCUCACUCAAACGCUUGAGGGACACUCCGACUGGGUCCGAGAUGUGGCCUGGUCCCCCAGCAUUCUCUCCAAGUCCUACAUUGCCUCCGCUGCGCAAGACAAGACAGUCCGCAUCUGGACUUCUGAUGCUUCUAACCCAGGCCAAUGGUCCAGCCAGACACUGGAGUUCGACACUGUUCUGUGGCGCGUUAGCUGGAGCCUUAGCGGCAACAUUCUCGCCGUUAGCGGGGGAGAUAACAAGGUCAGCUUGUGGAAGGAGAAUCUUAAGGGCCAGUGGGAGAAGGUCAAGGAUAUCGAGGAGUAG